AUGUCAGCAACUUUGAAACCCUAUUUAACAGCUGUACGCCAUACUCUUACAGCUGCUAUGUGUUUAGAACAUUUCUCGUCACAAGUUGUAGAGAGAUACAAUAAGCCAGAAGUCGAGGUUAGAACCAGCAAAGAACUUUUAUUAAAUCCGGUGAUAAUCUCGCGAAAUGCCAACGAAAAGGUACUGAUCGAGUCCUCUAUUAACUCGAUACGAGUAAGUAUUAUGAUUAAACAAGCAGAUGAAAUCGAAAAGAUACUUUGCAAAAAGUUCAUGCGUUUUAUGAUGAUGAGAGCGGAAAACUUUAUCGUUUUGAGGCGGAAACCGGUGGAAGGUUACCAUAUCAGUUUUCUGAUUACGAACUUCCAUACAGAACAAAUGUAUAAACAUAAGCUCGUCGAUUUUGUUAUAUAUUUCAUGGAGGAGAUUGACAAAGAGAUAAGUGAAAUGAAACUGGCUGUUAAUGCUCGCGCAAGAAUUUGCUCAGAAGAAUUCUUGAAGAGAUUCUAA